GAACACAAACAGGCAGUUGUCUGUUUCUGGAGGAACUUUAAAGUAAGUUAGUUUGACAGCUAGUUCGGUGCUAGUUAUUGUGUUGUGACGGUGAACAGGUCGAUAGAGUCACCUGUUAAGACUGUUUAUAACCUGCAGAAUUUCAGCUGAGAGGCGGACAUGGUCUCCACGAUCCGGAACACAGACGUGAAGCAGGUCAGAUAGAAAGUGCAGGUGAAGAUGCAGGAUCUGUCUCCUCUGCAGAAAGAUGCUGAUCGCGCAGUGGUUGUCGCGGUAACGUCUCGUGCACUGUUUAAAUGUGGAGCUGAUGAUGGUGGUGAAGUGUACGGCGAGGGCGUGGCUUUCCCGCUGCUGCAGGCGCUACAGAGAGUGAAUGAACGUCUGCUGGAGGAGAAUCCUGCUGAGUCGCUGCUGUUUGAUGUCAUCCUGAUCACCACCAACAGCCAGCAACAGCAGCAGAGCUCCCGCAUCAUCUCCAGCACCCGACAUUACGGUCUCGAAGUCGGCAGGUUCUGUUUUUCCAGCGAGGAGGAUUUCAUCAAGAGUUUACUGAAAAAUAACGUGCAGCUCUUCCUGUCAACAGACAGAAACGAGGCGCAGCGGGCAUCACAGAAAGGUGUUCUCUCGGCGCUGCUGGACCAGCAGACGGCUUUCUGUCCGUCAGAGCAGCUCAGAGUCAUGUUCUGCGGGGACGCCGUCAUCCGGCCCGACACUGGCCCAAUGCCGGCGAGCCGUCAGGCUGCUCAGAGUUUCUCGGCUCAGCUGGGCAAGAUGCGGGGGAGGUUCAGCAUGUUGGAGAGCCCCCUCAGCAUCGUCCUGGUGACGUCGCGCGGCGGCAGGGAAAGCUGCGGCGGCGCCCUGCGAGCUCUGCGGUCCCGCGGCUUGAGCGUGGACGAAGCGUACAGCCUGGCCGGGGCCCCACGGGGCCCCAUCCUGUCCGUGCUCCGACCUCACUUCCUGCUCAGUGAUGGCUUCAGCAGCCUGGAGGAGUGAUGACGUCAUGAAGGGUUGUACUGUCACAUGACCUCACAAAAAACUUCCCUGUGUCUUUGAAACAAGCUGCCAAAUCCUCAAACUGAACUCAAAGUAAAAAAGCUGGGGGGGUUUUCAGCUCAUUGAGCGUUAAAGAGCCAAUCAGUGCUCCAAAGUGAAGCCCCGCCCACCACCAGAUUUCUAACCACACGAUUGGAUGCUGUUACACAGCAGUAAACUGGAGUUUUUGUUGACAAACAUGCUUUUUUAUUUUUCCUUUCAGAAAAAUGUAGCUUUCAAAUUGGAUGAUAUAAAUAAAUCUGGACCAAUCAUGUGUGUAACUAUUACAGUCCAAUAGUUUGUAAAUUCUACAUUAAAAACUCUGUUAUUGUGUUUGACCUUUGACCCUUAAUGCUGCUGAGCAGAGGCUGUUUGUCUUCUUCAGUUUCAUCAUUUCAACUUAUUUCAAAGAAACUUUCAGCUGUUACUUUGUGUUUUGUGUCUUUGCUUAUUGUCUGUAUUUAAGACUGUCCACGUCCUCUGCUGCUCCAUCACUUCGUUUAACCCCUCAUGUCCACAGGAUGUGUCCCUGUCUCGUCUACGUCACGGUUCAAACGUCAUCUGGAAGUGUUUCAGUCUUUCAGUAGUCUGUUCGUCAGCAGACACAUUUCUAUGUAGCUCAGAAUUGUUUUAAAGACAUUUGUUGUGUUUUAAAGCAGACUGAUAACAGUGAUUUUUUUUUUCUGAAGCACUGUAUGUUUAAACAGUGAGAUAUUACGGGGCCCCAGAGGUCUCAAAAGAUAAUAUUUUUUUGGUGGUAGGUGGCAGAACUUCUGUCUCAGUAUACACCUGUGGUCUUGAUAUAUGGAUUUGGAAGAUAUCCAAAUAUAAAACAUUAAAAAGAAAAAGGGAAAUACA